GUGGUUACCAUGCUGAAGUGCGGACUAAUUUUUACUUUUGCAAUUAUUGCCACUUGCCAUUUGGCAUCUGGAUCAGUCCAGGAGACUGAGGAACCUGCUUCUCUGAACUUUUCACGGGAACAAAUGGAACAAUUGAGUGGAAUCUGCUCCACGGCACUUGGGCAACUGCAACACCUGACCCCCAAUCAGAGCGACGGAAAGGUACCAGCUCCAGAGAAAAAGAUUCCUUUAGACUUCGAGCGGAUCGGCACGCGAUUCUUUUACAUCUCAAAGUUUGCCAGGAAGAAUUGGUUCGCUGCCGGAGAGACCUGUCGACAGAUUGGUGGCCAACUUGCGACCAUCCAAAGCGAUGAGGAACUGACUGCCAUUAGUUCGCAUCUAAAACACGAGAGUUACUGGAUCGAUAUGAACGACCUGGUUGCCGAUGGCAAAUAUGUGUCCUGGAGCACCGGCAAAGCAGUAUCCUAUUUCAAAUGGCAUCCCAACCAGUCUGAGGAAAAAUUAAAUAAUGAGCAUUGCGUUGAUCUCUUGCAAGGGGAAAUGCACAAUGAGAGCUGCUUUAAGAAGAACCUCUUUAUAUGCGAGGCAAUUGAGAAUUAAAAAGGAUAAAAAUUGCAAUUUUCAAUACAUCUGUUUUAUAAUAAAUUAUAAUGAUUCUUGUACAGCUCUCUUUUGUUUUCCUAAUGGCAAACUGUAUGCACUUAAUAAGCAACUAACUACAUUCCUAUCAUAAAUAAAACAACCUGACAGACCUACAUAAGUACUGAUUGUAGCUACCAGAAAACUGCACUGAAUAAUAUUGGAUUUAUAUUUCAAACAUUCAAAUACAUCAAAAUGUUUUGUUAAAGAUUAAGUUUAUAUACAAGUAUACAUACUUUCUUUGUUAUCAAUUAAAAACGAGGUCCUAACGUCACUCUAAAAUAACCCCGCAAUCAGUUCCCUCUAAACGAUUACU